UCAUAAUGUAGCAGAAGGACAUGAUACAGACAUGAUACAGCCCCCAGAACGGAGCUGGCUUUCUUAUCAGCAUUCUCAACCAUGGAGAAUAAAGGAGUAUAAUUCAGGAUGAUUAUCACAGCCAUACAACUCUUUUGAAGAAAGAAAAUCAACAGCUUUAUUUUCCCAAUGCAUGCAUUUCCUGGAACUUAAAAUGAAUGUACUGUGAUUUUAAAGGACAAGAUUCCCCUUGGAAAGAGUUCAGAACCAUUGGAGGAGAUGUAGAACAUUACUCACCUUAUUACUCUCCUGCUGCACACGUUAAACAACAUGGCCGGGCUAAAAUAUAAAAUAUUGGCAUCAGUGGCAAUUGUCCUUCACAUUGCCCAGUUCACAGUUGGCUAUAGCUUCAGAAAUUGCACUGAGGAUCCAACCUCAAACCACACAAAAUUCAUUUGCAUCCGUCACCAGGCAAAGAACAUUUCUGCCAUUGUAGGUGACCUGCCACCUUAUGCCACCACAAUUAUAAUCUCCAUAAACCUGAUAAAACACAUACCUGACAAUACCUUUGAUCACUUACCUAACCUCAGGACGCUUCAGAUUGACAAUAACCAUCUGGAGACCAUAGAUAACCAGGCAUUCCAAAAUAUGAGCCAACUGAAGAGCCUAAACCUGUCCUUGAACAAAAUAUCAAAUCUCAGCUCCUCUGUAUUUCAAGACCUCAAAAACCUUGUCAACCUGUCACUAAAUAAUAACUCACUGAUUAUGCUCCCUCCGGGUAUUUUCUCUUCACUCUCCAAUCUGGAUGUCCUCAUAUUACGGCAGAACUACCUGAACAACUUCUCUGCGGUGGCAGAAUCUGUGACUCACUUAACGAAGCUGACAAAACUAGACCUGUGCAAUAACUAUCUAACAUCCCUCCAUCAUUCUAACCAUACAGACCUACCGGAGUCCCUCACCACCCUCUAUCUCUGUAAAAACAAACUGGUCACUUUAGCGUGUGAGUGGGGCUUCCUCAGCCAUGUACUACUGCUGGAUCUCUCCUACAAUGACCAGCUCCCUUCAAGGGCUUUCCAAGGUGUGGACUUGCGGAAGCUAAACUACAUGCGUUUGCGUUCAACCAAUGUUACAGUGCCAGAGCUUUUGAAUGUCAGCAAUGUCAGAGCUGGGAACAUAGACUUCUCUGGUAUGGGGUUGAAGACUGACAAUCUGCUCAUGGAGUUAUGUAGCCUUUUGAGUACAAAGGUCAAAUUUGUUAAAAAGCUGAGUCUGGGAAGCAAUGGGAUUCUGUUAUUGCGAAAGAACACACUUUCAAACUGUCCACCAAUCCGGGGUUUAUUGGACCUUUCCUUCAACCAAUUGAGGAAGGCAAGUUGCCUCCACUUUCUCAAAGGACAGGAUCAAAUCAAGAACUUCACAGCAGAGAAAAACCACCUCACCUCCCUAAUGUCCUGCAACAAACAGAAUCUCACUUUCCCAAAUCUGACUGAUCUGAGCUACCGUUACAAUCGCAUACUCAAUGUCAACUCUUUUGCUUUCCACCACACACCAAAUGUGAGGACCCUACAACUCAACAUAAACAUAAUCGCCUAUCUUGACCAUAAGGCUUUCAGUGGGCUGACUAGUCUUGUCACACUGCGUCUGGACAAUAACCUCCUGACCGAUCUGUACAAGGAUAGCUUUGAAGAUCUGCAUAGCCUGGAAAUACUUAACCUACGUAACAAUCAGAUAGCUGUUAUUUUCAACAAGACUUUCCAUUCACUCAAAUGCCUGCACAUUUUGGAUCUUGGAGGGAACAAAAUCACUCAUUUUGAAGACUCAGCCUUUGUGGGGCUCGUUAACCUGGCCAAUUUUUACCUUGAUGGAAACAAUCUCAAACAGAUCGACAGCGCCAAGUUUAAACCAUUCCACGCCACACUUGAAGUUCUUGAUCUACAUGGGAAUCAGGUUAGCUUCUCCUCUAAACGUACCAACUCUCCUUUCGUGAAUCUAACAAAACUUCGCAACCUCAAACUAGAUGCGCAGAUGCCCCACGGCCUCAACAUGCUGCCUUAUGCCUUUUUCCGUGGUCUCAACUCCCUCCAAUCGCUCUACCUCACCGACAAUCACAUCUUUAGCUUUGCAGCAGACACUUUUGACGAUCUGACCAACUUGACUUUCCUCUCCUUGGACAACUCCUGUGCCGGGGUGAUGCAGCUGCAGCCGGGCGUCUUCAAAAACUUGCGGAAAUUGAGCAAGCUCAGUGCAAGGAACAUGGGCAUCCAGUCCUUCUCAAACGAGGUUUUCGGGAAUCUGACAGAGCUGCAGAUCUUGCUUCUCAACCAGAACGUAAUGCAAUCCUUAGAUGUGAAUGUGCUGGAGGCUCUACCUAAACUGCGCUACCUGGACCUGCGCAACAUUCCUCUAAGUUGCACCUGCCUCAACAGUGACCUGCAGAACUGGACUUUGACAAACCAGAGAGUCCAGUUAGUCUUACAAUACAGUCUACAGUGCCAAGAUAAAAAACUCCAAAAAAGCUUCUACAACUUUGACACCAAUGUUUGCUACCUGGACCUGGGAGAGUACCUUUUUGCUACCACAACCACUGUGAUUUUACUGCUGACUAUAAUCCCGCUUCUCUACAACAAGCUCUAUUGGAAACUGAAGUAUAGCUAUUAUGUGUUCCGCUCCUGGUUCGGCCAACACUGGCGCAGGCUGAGGGAGAAAGAGGAGCACUGCCAAUACGAUGCUUUCAUCUCCUAUAACUCGGCGGACGAGCCCUGGGUACUAGACCAGCUACUUCCCAACCUGGAGGGCAACGGAGCCUCUUUCCGGCUGUGCCUGCACCACCGUGACUUUGAGCUGGGCCGCAACAUUGUGGACAACAUCGUCUCCGCUGUGUACAGCAGCCGCAAGACCAUCUGCGUGGUUAGUAGGCAUUUCCUGUGCAGCGAGUGGUGCUCCCUGGAGAUCCAGCUGGCCAGCUACAGGCUCUUCCACGAGCUCCGGGACGUGCUCCUGCUCAUCUUCCUGGAGCCCAUCCCUGAAAGACAGCUGUCGGCUUACCACCGUAUGAGAAAGGUCAUGUUGAAGAAGACCUACCUGCAGUGGCCAGGGUCAGACUGCACUGACCCGGUCAAGGCCCAGGAACUGUUUUGGAACCAUCUGAGGAGGGCACUGAGGAGUGGGAGCAGCAGGUUUGAAGAGGAAGAUGAGGGGAGGGAGGAAUACUUCAAUCAGCCACCGACGGAUGAUGAUAACUAUUACUUAAUGCCUUAAGGAAAGGGUUAUAGGACACACUUUGCCCUAGCAGCAGCCUGAUUCCUGGAUAUGAAACAAAGUUCAAUGUAGUAAAAGUACAGAAAUUAUGCACACACAGACACAUACAAAGACAGACAGAGGAACUGAAUCUCUUGUAAAUAUGUUCUUUGUGCCAUUAUUUUCUACUUGCUUGAAAUCCAGCAUUGUCUAUGUUUUGAUUGAUUGCUAUAAUAAGCUUAAUUCAUUUUUGGGGGGAUUUCGUAAUUUGCUCAUGGAAAAAAACUAAUUUAAUCCUGUUCUGUACUAAAUAAUAUUGUAAUACUGUAUGUAUAUUUAAAAGAUGCAGAGGAAAAUGGAAAUAAGAUGAUCAGACAUACCCUGACAAAUCAUGUUGCAAAGUUAAAGUAUUCUUUAAGUAUACUUCUUGUUGGUAAAUAUCACUGUCUCAAAUCAGCAAUACACCGACAGAUGAGACCUGUUACUUAAUGACUUAAGGAAAGGGUUAGAGGACACGCUUUGCCCUGGCAGCAGCCUGUUUCCAGGACAUUAAACAAAGUUCAAUGUAGUAAAAGUACUGACAUUAUGCAUACCCACACAUAUAGAAACAGAGAGAGGAACUGAAAAUCUUGUAAAUGUGCCUUGCGUGCCAUGACUCUGUACCGGUACCCUCUGUAUAUAGCCUCGCUAUUGUUAUUUUACUGCUGCUCUUUAAUUAUUCGUUACUUUUAUUUUUUUAAAUGUACUUAUCACUUACUUUUUCUUAAAAACGGCAUUGUUGGUUAAAGGCUUGCAAGUAAGCAUUUCACUGUAAUACCUGUUGUAUUUGGCGCAUGUGACAAAUACCAUUUUAUUUUAUUUGAUCUUCUACUUGCUUGAAAUCCAGCAUUGUUGAUGCUUUGAUUGACUGCUAUAAUAAGCUAAAUCCAUCAUUUGUUUGCAUUUGUAAUUUGCUGUCAUGGAAAAAAUGAACUUAAUCUUGUUGUGAUCAGUACUUAAUAUGGUAAUACUGUAUGUACAUUUAAAAGACGCAAAAUGGAAAUAAGAUGAUCAGGCGUACCUUGACAAAUCAUGUUGCAAAGUGAAUUUAAAUAUUCUAUCA